AUGUGUUACUACGGCAGCUACUAUGGAGGCCUGGGCUAUGGCUAUGGAGGCCUGGGCUAUGGCUAUGGUAGCCUAGGCUGUGGUUAUGGUGGCUUUGGUGGCUAUGGCUAUGGCUGCUGCCGUCCACUGUGCUGUAGAAGAUACUGGUCCUAUGGCUUCUACUGA